UCAACUUAUUUAUACUUAGAUUGGGAUAGAUGAGUAUAAAUAAAUCCCAGAAUAAAUUGGUUUUCAAGCGGGCGGGUAAAAGACGAAAAUCACGAGGUAAAAGUAAGAAACCAUCGAAUAAAUGCGAAAGGGUUCUGUAUUCGCGUCGCGCAAAAACCAAAGCAGAGUAAAAGAAAUUAUUAAUUUGACUUAAAUUGAAAAAGGGGGAAAAAAUAAAUGGAAAAGGUGAGAGGUAGAAGACGAAAGCAAUAAGUUGGCUUGGAGGAUGUAAAGAGAAGCAGCGGAGAUGGUGAAGAAGAAGAGUUCAAGACUCUUCCUUUCCUGAAUAAGGAGAUAAACAGGGAGAAGAAGGCGUUCUUUAUCUAUUAUUCUCUAAUAGAUCGAUCGAACGAGGCAUCGUUCGGAUCUUCAUCGGAGAAACUUUAACGACGAUGAUGAGGAAGGGGCGUACGCUGGCUGCCGGAGAAGCUCAUCUGACCGAUGCACCUCCACAGCCGCCGCCGAAAGAGAUACGCUUUCGGGGAGUUCGCAAGCGUCCUUGGGGCCGAUUUGCCGCUGAGAUUCGCGAUCCCUUGAAGAAGACGAGGGUAUGGCUCGGCACCUUUGACUCUGCCGAGGACGCAGCUCGCGCCUACGAUGUGGCAGCUCGUGAACUCCGCGGUUGUAAGGCAAAGACUAACUUCCCUCCUCUCAUCGCCGGUGGUAUCCACGUAGACGCGCAGUUUUUCCCGAAUCCAGCGCCGACGCCGCCGCGUCCCACAUCGAGUAGUCUGAGCAGUACAGUGGAGUCUUUCAGCGGUCCGCGCCUCUCUAUCCCCCGGCCGCCUUCGAUCCACAUCCGGCCUCCGGCGAAUCAGGCGCCGUUACGUGUUCUGACCGGUGACGAAGACUGCCACAGCGACUGCGGCUCCUCGUCUUCUGUCGUCGACAACGGAGACGUUGCGUCGGAGUACCGGAAACCCCUUCCGUUCGAUCUCAACCUCCUUCCGCCACCGAAUGAUGACCUGCAGAGUACCGUUCUCCGUCUUUGAAGAAAAGAUCUGAAGAAUUGCUGAAAAAGGAAUUUGGUUCUCCUCUUCAACGGUCUUCUACUUCUCUUUUCUUACACUUAUUUUAAUUUGCUUAUCUCUAUUAUUUAGCACCUGAUCGGGAUUUGUGAUCGGAACAGUUCACAUUUGGGGCUUUAUAUUUGAAUCUAUUUGAUGUUCUUUGUUUCCCCUCUACACAUCUUAUCCUGUACAAAAGUUCUAUCUUCCUAAUUGAAUGAGAUAUACUAUCUGAUCUAAUUCAAAGUUCUCAACUUUUUUUC